AUGAUUAUACUGGCAUUUCUUGGAUUCACCAACUUCUCAAGGGCGUUACCACUAAAUGAUAAAUUGCUGCAUUUCAUAUGUUUCUGCAUCGCCACUGCCGUCUUCUACUUCAUCAUCGAUGUAGAAGAGAGCGCACGGCGUGUGUGGUUUUGGCGACAUUCAGGAAUAAUCUUCACAAUAUUUACCUGCGUCUUCUGUGGUGGAGUUCUGAGCGAAUUCGUUCAAGCUGCUCUUCCAUAUAAAGAGUUCCAAUUCGGUGAUAUAGUCGCGAACAUCCUGGGUUCAAUUGUGGGGCUCUGUGCUGCCUUUUACCUUGAGCGCUACUAUCGCCACAGACGAGAGAUCGCGCGAUUGUAUCGUCCUCUCUCGGCAACGGCUUCCGAAUUCUCAGAAGACGAAGACGAAGAAAGUGGGACACAGUUGCUGCCCACGCAUUCGAACAAAUUGAGCGUGCCCAAGGGAUCAGUCAAGAAGCCGCGACUGGCAGACGUGUGGGAUGAUCGCGAAGAGCUGUUCGGUGUUGGAGAAGACAGCGAUGAUGAAGGGGGACCAGAAGUUGGCGCAAGUCGACCUGGUCCCCAAGUGCAACCUCCACGCAUCGUCAUUUCUUAUUCUUAA